UCUACUGCCACAACACAUCUGCAAGAGGAAAAAAUGGCGGACCCUAGUAAAAUCUGUCCUGGGUUCCUGCCCUAUGUCAACGUUUCCCGAAAAGCGUCUGUUCAGGGGAAGGUUUUCAUUCUCCUAUGUAUAAUAUUGGCCGAGCCCGGAGGAGCUACCACCCACUGGGUCGUCACUGAAGAUGGAAAAAUUCAACAGCAAGUUGACUCUCCUUUGAACCUUAAGCAUCCACAUGACCUUGUCAUCUUCAUGCGACAGGAAACCCGCGUCAACUACCUCAAGAAGUUAGAGAAGCAGCUCGUUGCCCAGAAGAUUCACAUAGAGGAGAAUGAGGACAGGGACACUGGUUUGGAGCAGCGACACUAUAAAGAGGAUGCCGAUUGUGUCACCGCCAAAGUGCCCCUGGGAGACCUGGAUCUCUAUGACGGGACCUACAUCUCUCUGGAAAGCAAAGACGUCAGCCCGGAGAAUUAUGUGGAUUUUCGGUCUCCUCUUCCGCCGGCCCUGGAGACUCCGGACUGUGCCGGAGUGUUCCAGCUCCCAUUUAGUAUCCAUGCAUUCCAGCACCUCCGGGGCGUCCAAGAGAGGGUGAACCUCACGUCUCCUCUGCUCUCUAAAGAUGACCCGAUCUUUGGCUCCCUAUCCCACAAACUGGGCCACAGCAUGGACGAGGUGGGCCACCGGAUCCAACAGGGCCUGCUGAGGAACUCGUCUUCCUGGGUCCUGUAUAACCUGGCAUCCUUCUACUGGCGCAUGAAGAAUGAGCCCAGGCGGGCGGUGGACUGUGUAGUUCGGGCCCUGCACUUCUCACCCAGGCAGCACAAAGACGUGGCCCUGGUCAACAUGGCUAACAUCCUGCACCGCGCCCACUUCUCAGCCGAUGCCGCCAUCCUUGCCCACGCUGCCCUGGACCUGACCUCUGACCUCCUCACCAGCCACUACACCCUGGGCAACAUUUACGCUAUGCUGGGCGAGUACAACCACUCUGUGCUGUGCUAUGAGCAGGCCCUCCAGGCCCAGCCGGGCUUCGAACAAGCCCUUAGGAGGAAACACGCCGUCCUCUGUCAGCAGAAACUGGAGCAGCGCCUGGAGGCCCAGCACAGGUCCCUGCAGCGCACGCUAAACGAGCUGAAGGAGUACCAGAAGCAGCACGACCACUACCUCCGCCAGCAGGAGGCGCUAGACAAACACAAGUUGCUGCAGGAGGAGCAGAUCCUCCGCAACAUAAUCCACGAGACCCAGAUGGCCAAGGAGGCGCAGCUGGGCAACCACCAGAUGUGCCGUCUCGGCCAUCAGCAGCGCAGCCUCUUCUGCCCCUUCGACCUGCCGGUGCGCUACCACCGCGGAGAGCUGUUCGAGCACGUCCACUACAUUCAGUUUGGCGAGGAGGUCUCUGUGGCGGCUGGCGUGCCGCUGGUGUCGGACCCGGGCGCCAAUGAGACCGCCAGCCCCGGCCUCCACCCCUCCGUGUCCGGGGAGCCGGAUCCGUCAGUCCUCUGGGGCCGCCAAGCCCCCGCGACCGAAGACGUCCAGAGAAUGCUGUGGCCUCGGAGGACUGACUGUGCCCACCAGUUCCCUGUCAUUCCACCGGCCCACCUGCUGCCCACCUUCUACUUGCCGCCCGAGACACAGGGCCUACUCAGGCUGUGGUUGCGGGCCUGGAGACUGUACUCUAUGGUGCCGGACCCCCCCCCCCCCUCCUCCGCCUCUCCAGACUGUGGCCCAGUGACCCAGCCCCCUCCAGCUGACCUGCCGGCCUCUGUGGGUUGGCCAAUGGAGGGCAAAGAGCUGCCCGACCCCCAUGCCAACCAGGUCCUUCUGUCUCGCAGCGGAGGCCUGAGUUUGGAGCAGAUCGGUGCCAGUAUAGCCCAAGCCAUGAAGAAGGCUAGCGCCCCCCGCUGGUUGCUCCAGAAUGAGGCUGCAUUGUUUUGGCGGGCGAAGGGCAAUGGCACGCGCUCACUGCAGUGUCUGCGCCAGUCUCUGGCCUUGGCCCCGCCCUCCCAGCGCCACCUUCCCCUUAGCAACGCAGCCAACCUCCUGCUCCGCCACGGCCUUGGCGCCCACGCACAGACUCUGUUGGAGGAUGCCUUAACACUCAACGCCACAGAGCCCCACACUCUUCUCAGCCUGGUGAGUGUUCACCUGGCCCAGGGCAACAUCACGGGCGCCCUGGACCUGUUCCGCCACACACUGGCCCUCUUCGCUAGCUGUGUCCAGUGCCGGGCCAGCCUGCCGCUCCUGCGCUGCCUGCAGUUCUACCCCUUCCUCUACAACCUGCAGCGGUCACCCUGUUCACAGGGCGCUGUGUGUGUCGGUGAGGACGACACAACUCUACAGCUAGAUGAAUGGGAAGCUGGCAGUGAGGAGAAGCCGCCAGGACAGCUGAACCCCACCACGGCCUCCCAAGUUCUGCCAGUGUCCACUGUGGAGGAGGCCCUCCUGUUUGAGACGGUGGUGGUGGACAGUAACGGCUCUGGGGAAGCAGGCCAGCAACAGCCUGCUGGACCAGCCCUGGUCGGAGGAGAAGGGGACGAGGAGGAGUGGCAGCUGAAGGAGGAGCUGAUGGGGGCCUUCGAGGGGGCUCUGGAUGUGGGGGGCAAGCGGGGGGACCUGAGGGGCAUCCGUGUGCUGAAGAACGACCGGGUGAUGGGGGCGGGCCGCGGCGGGGGCGGGGGCGGGCCCUGCUUCGGGAACUGUGAGGAUGACGAGGGGGCUGAGUGGAUCACGUUCCAGGUGAAGCGUGUAAAGAAACCCAAGGCGGACAGCCCUGACGGCUGGGGCACUUCUGAAGACACCCAACAGGGGGAGACACCGCUCAAUGGAGGCCACUCUGUACUGGAGAUCAGUGGUCCCACGAUCCCCUCACCUGGACCUUCAGGGCGAUGGAGGGAUUACACCAGUCUGGGCUGGCCAGGCCCGGAGGAGUGCCAGCGGACCCGCAGGGUGGACCUCACCACCGUGGCCAGUACCUGGUUGGCUGUUUCUGCCAAGAACAUUGACAUCACAGAGCACAUAGACUUUGGCACUCCUCUCCAGGAGCCGGCAGUGGAGCCGCUCUGCAACGCCAACCUGGGCGCCAGUAUGCACACCCUGGACCACCUGGCCGGUGUGGCCAACCGUGCCGCCAUCCACUACACUGGAGAGAGUCAGCUCCGAGAGGUUCUACAGAAUCUGGGCAAAGACAAGUUCUCCCCUCAGUCCUUUGAGCAGGUGGGCACGCGUAUCGCCAAGGUCUUGGAAAAGAACCAGACAUCAUGGGUGUUGUCCAGCAUGGCUGCUCUAUACUGGAGGGUGAAGGGACAGGGCAAAAGGGCCAUUGACUGCCUGCGGCAAGCCCUAAACCACGCCCCUCACCACAUGAAGGACGUGCCCCUGAUUAGCCUGGCCAACAUCUUCCAGAACGCGAGGCUGUGGGAAGACGCUCUGACCGUUGCUCGCAUGGCCGUGGAGAUCGCCCCACAUUUCGUCGUCAACCACUUCACCCUCGCCAAUGUCUACAUAGCCAUGGAGGAGUUUGAGAAGGCCAUGCGCUGGUAUGAGUCCACACUGAAGCUACAGCCAGAGUUUGCCCCCGCCAAAGACCGUCUGAGAACCAUACAGUGUUACCUGCUCACCAAGAAAGAGCGCCGCCUGCCUUGAGACAACUUUGACAAACGGACACACAUCUUAGUUACGCCCAAGGAAGUGUUUGUCUGAUUUUUGUUGUUUGAAGUUCAAAAGUCAAUAACGUGUCAGUUAUGUCUAAAGGAUUAAGGGGACUCCAUUUAGCAGUGACCUCUGACCCUAUUCAUAGGCUGUAAAAGCGACCCCUUUUCAUCGCAUAUCAUUUGCUAAACGAUCCAUUUAAUUUCUAUUGUUAUAUGAGGGAGCUAAGAACUAUAUACCUGCAUAAAGCUACCAUGGACCAUAGAACCAAGUAUACUGUAUUACAGUAUAUUAUAAUUAGCAUCCUUCCUUCCUCAAGGUUUUUACUGAACUGUGUUGGAACGACAUGGGGCAAUUGGAAACCCUGACUGGUUCCAUGUGCCCGUUUUUUUUUUUUGUCUGGGUCCCUGUGUGUCUAGUUACAUUUACCUCUCCCUGUAGUCCAUGUAAUCUGCUGAAGUUGUUAGAAAUCAAAAUUUGAGUUUCAGAAUGUUGUCGUGUUGAACAACCUGUCAGACAGAGGUUGAAAUGCUAGCUGAAGGCACUGGGACCCAGACGUGCCCAAAUCAGUCUGAUUGGUGAUGUCUUUUGAGAAACGGAGUAUAAAGAAAAUAGAAUUUUAUGUUUACUCUUAAUGAUGGAUGGGGAUCGUUCCAUUUUGACAAGGUGGAAGAACACAAUGAAAGAAAGUUAUUUAAGCAAUUAAAGAAACUGCAGUUGAUUUAACAAACUGUUAUGGUCCGAUAGAUGGGGCAAUAUUUUAUUGUUUUCUUUUAAUUUGUGGUUUUAAAUCGGAUAAGAGUUCUCAUCACUGUCCUUGUUUGUGAUUAAGGAAAUAGUUUUCCUAAAGCGAAAGAAAUUGCUGCUGGUUGGUACCUUGCUCACUAAGUGCAGGUAUACUGAUUUGUGGAAUGGCCCAUCUUGAAACCUUUGGAAAUCAUAUCUGCUUGAAAAAAAAAAAAAUGAUUCUUGUUUUGCACUUGUUUUAUCUUUCCUAUUUAUGCGGGGACCUACAAUGAAUAAAUGCCAUUUUAUUUUGCGCAAAAGCACAGUUUUUGCAUAGCAACAAAAAAUUAUAAUUAUGCGGUUUACGUUUGCUCUUAUUUAUGGAAAUGAUUUGGCAGAUAAAGAAAAUCGCCUUUUGACCAUCUUUAAAUCUAAAUUGAUAUCUUAAGUGUUCAGUGUACAGUAUUAAGGCAGCGUGUGCUCUAAGUUCAUCGGCUCAUAAUUUUUAUGUAUCCAUUGUCUUUGUACAAAUGUCAGACCUCUUUGGGAAAUAAAAAGCAAGGUUUUUGUUGCCUUCUGGCUUAAGUUGAA